GGCACCUGUUAUGUUGCAGAGUCAGGAAAUGACAGUUAAUUUCCUGAUGCCUUUAAUUGAAAGAGUGAAACAGUGUUAAGGUCUGGCGGUGCAGAGGGGUAUGCCAGGUUGUUUAAUCUUCGAAAGUCUUGCCCCAGCUCUCCCAACGUCUCUGAUGCUCUUUGCCUGCGAUCGCGUAACUGCACUCCGUCUGGUUAGGAGGCGCAAAUUCAUUCAAUUUCAUAUUGUUUACCUGGCAAAUUUAAAACUAAGGGAGGUACUGAUGUAGUCGGAAAACUGGGGUGUUCGCUGGGAUGUGCACACAUAAUGGGGGGUAACCAGUCAAACAGAGGGACACCGUUCGAUGCUUCCGGAGAAGUAAAUUUUGACCACUUCCUCAUUCUGCGUGCCAUUGGGAAAGGCAGCUUUGGGAAGGUGUGCAUAGUACAGAAGCGAGACAGUAAGAAGAUGUAUGCCAUGAAGUACAUGAACAAGGCCAUGUGUCUGAAGAAUGAAGCGGUGAAGAAUGUGCUAAAAGAGGUCGAGAUACUCACGAUGCUGGAACAUCCAUUCCUUGUCAAUCUCUGGUACACGUUUCAGGAUGAGGAAGACAUGUUCAUGGUUGUGGACCUGUUGCUGGGCGGCGACCUGCGCUACCACAUCCAGCAGGACUGCGCGUUCAACGAGCAGCGCAUCAAACUGUACAUAGCGGAGAUCGCGCUCGCGCUUGAUUACCUGCAGAGUAAACAAAUCAUUCACAGGGACAUCAAACCGGACAAUAUCCUGUUAGAUGAGGAAGGUCAUGUUCACAUCACAGACUUCAACAUCGCCACAGUGAUACGCGAUGGGCAGCUUGCUACCUCCUUAUCUGGGACCAAACCCUACAUGGCCCCGGAGAUGUAUGCGUGUGCGAUGGAGGAAUGUCCGGGUUACUCUUACGCCAUCGACUGGUGGUCCCUCGGUAUCUGUGCCUAUGAAAUGCUCAGAGGAAAGCGUCCAUAUGAUAUACAUUCCAACACGACGGCUCAAGAGGCAAAGUUGAUGUUUACGACAUCGAGGCCUUGCUCAGUGACACCCUGGGAGGACCAGAUGAGAGGUCUGCUGAAACAGUUGCUACACUUGGACCCAGACAAGCGGAUAUCAUCCCUUAAUGUGCUCAAACAACACAGCUACAUGGUAGAUAUGGACUUCUCAAGAGUCCUGCAACGUCAGAUCAAACCUGCCUUUGUGCCUUCUAAAGACCACCUGAACUGUGACCCAACUUACGAGCUGGAGGAGAUGAUAAUAGAAGCAAACCCGCUGCAUAAGAAGAAGAAACGACUGGCAAAACAGUCCUCCAAGAGAUCUGAUGGGCAUGCAAACUCUCAGGAAGUGAUAGACAGUGAAAAGAUUGCUGAGGAGGCUUUCUCGGACUUCAAGGCAUACAACAGGGAGAGCGAAGUGCGGGACAAACGGCGCCUCCAUGUGACCUCCAGUGACUCAGCGCUGGCUCAUCACAAGGUGACGUGUGAUAUGGAGCGUGACAUCAAGAAGCAGGCCCUCUGCAAGGCCAAUAGCGAGUCUGCCACACACGCCUUGAAGGUCAAGGCCACCUGAUAGACAUUGAAGGUCAUGGCCACCUGAUUGACAUUACAGGUGAAGGCCAUCUGUUAGCAAAUUAGGGCUAGGCCAUAUUGGAGUUCAAUGACACCUGGCUGACACUGAAGGUCAAUGCCAACUAAAAGCAAAUUAGGUCAAGGCCGCAUGAAAGGUCAAGGACACCUGAUUGACAUUAAAGGUCAAUGCCACAUGAUUGACAUUAAAGGUCAAGGCCACCUCAUAGCAAAUUAGGUCAAGGCCACAUUGAAGGUCAAGGCCACCUGAUAGACACUGAAGGACAUUCUCAAGGCCUACUGUAUAUAUUUUGUUAUCACUUAUUUAUGUGCGUUCUGGGAAAACAGGGCUUAAUGCAUGUGGGUAAAGUGCUGUUCUAGAUUAGCCUGUGCAGUCAGGGACAUCACUUUCCGUCUUAACCGGACUUUGGCUAAGAAGAGACUUGCUUUUAAUGAUUUUUUUAAAGUACAAAGUGCCGUCCCUGAUAAGCCUGUGUGGAUUGCACAGGAUAACCUGGGAGGAUGAUUUGCGCACAUGCAAAAAGCCCAGUUUUUCUACAGCGAAUGAAAAAUAUUAAACAUUUAAAUACUCUUCAAAAUAAAGUAAAGCAAUAUUCUACUUUAUUUGCAAUUCUGUCAAAAGGUGUUGCUUCUCAACUAACCUGUGUGCUUGUUGGUGUUGUAUGAUGAGUACUACUGUAGUUCAAUUUUCUUUUUUCCAAUAUGUGCAUGAGACGGUAAACAUUUAGUCACCAUACCGCAUAAUUUAUUAUAUAUUGGUUGGACAUAACUAUGUUCUUACUAUCACUCUGUGCAUCAUUAUCAUUAACUUUGUAAAAAAAUGAUUCUGCAUUUUUGAUGAAUAAAUGUUUUCAUCUCAAGUGUAAAUGCCUAUUAUGUUUUCGGAAAUGAAAACGGGACAUACCUGAAAAGGUAACUUCACUCUUAAUAAUGCUCAAACAUGUAAGAAAACGAACACUGUACCUAUUGUUUAAGUUAAACCCUUACUUUUUAUACAAAUGCUAGAAAUUUAGCUUGUCUAGAAAUUAUUUUAUUGUUCCAUUACAUGUAACUAGAUCUUAGUUUAUGCACAUUGGAAAGAGUGCUUACAAAUCUGCAUAAAGAUAAAGGCAGUGAUGUUACAUCUCUAUAAAUAGAAUAGUAAUAGGAAAAGUUAUGGUAAAUGCAAUAAAGGCAUAUAAAUAUGUGAGCCUUGCUGUGCAAAAAUGGGUCUAAUACCAUAUGAGGCCAGCAUAGCCCCGUAACAUCCUGUGCAUACACAUUUACAGUUCUUUGUGUUCAUGUUUAUAAUUUGGAGGUCACCCUAUAACAUGCCAUUGACACUUUCAAUGUAAUAUAAUCAUGAUACUUUUAUAUAUAUCAAGGGUAUAGUGCCAGAAGGUCGUAAGUACAAUUUUCAUAAAACUGAGAAAAUGGCAAAAUAAGGUGUUAAACAUGCACAUUUCUAGAUCUAUCAUAGUUACGUUAUUGAAAUUUGCUACAUGUAUAAAGUAGUGAUAAGAGUAUUUAAAUGUCAUAUUAUCACUGCUUUAUCCAUUAUUUGUAAUGAGUAAAUGACUUAAAAUGUACAUACUGCACUUUGGCAUACAACGAUGUGCUGGUUUGUUUCUGGGAAAAAAUGCUGUAAGUACACUUACUGCAUUUGAAUUUUAUAGGAUUUGUCAAUAUGAUAAAGUCGAUGUGCAUGUAAGUACACAUACUUCAUUUUAGCACUUGUAAAAUAUGUCAUUAUUCUGCUUAAUUGUACACAUACAACACAUUGUGUACUGCAUCACUGAACAAAAUGACAAAAUCAUUAUCUAUAUACACCAUUAUUUAUUUCAAGGAAUACAAUGAAGCAAUUGUCAAUGACACAAUAAGUACUAGGAUACUGGUUAUUUCAUCUAGUAGACAGACAACUGACAUAUUCAUAUCACAAACAGUUAAUUUGCAUCUGAAUCCACAUCAUCUUCCAUGAUAUCUGGAUCUGGCAAACGGUCUCUAAUUGUGUUGCUGUCUGGAAGAGUUUUGAUGUACGCAUGGAACUCAGAAGGUAUUGUUCCAUCGCUGCAAAGAGACACCAAAUCUGCCUUUUUGGCACUUGAAAUUGACAGCUUUGUAAGGUACAACUGUGGCACUGGUGCUGUCAUAGCUUUUGUUUUCCUUGAUGACUUUAUUUUCAUACUGCAAAAGUUGCAAUCAAAUUGAUACUUGAAGAAGAUAUCAUUUGGCUCUGACUUCCUAAACCUAAGCCAUCUGAUCUUCAUCCAUUGAACUCUUUGACCUUUAGCAUCUACCGCAUUUGCAGAUAAUAGAGAGUUAGCCAGCGGUUUCAAAUUAAGAAAGUCAAAAUACUUCAAUGGUACUACAGUGUACAGGCACUUUUUUCUAGACAAUCUAAUGACAGUGUCCCACUGACUUGGAACAAAACAGGUGCUGAUAAGCAGAAUAACGUUUCAACAAUACUGUAUUGUUGAAACGUUAUUCUGCUUAUCAGCACCUGUUUAUAGCCAGGAAUACACAACAGGCAGGACACUGCUCUCCAGUACAAUAUGAUACUGCAGAUAUCCUUUCUAAGAUAAACUCAAGAUAGCAAGUUGAUUUAUUACAGUGAAGUCUUGCAGUACAAAAAACCUUAAACUUUCUUUAUAAGUUAAUUAGUUCAUAUGUAUAUUAAGUAGUUAUUAAACUUAAAACAUUUAAUACCUAUUGAUACAAGCAGUUCUGUUGUUUUUCAGAUUUCUGUAUGUAUACUUAAAGCAUUUUGGUUUCAAAUUACAGUCGUAAUAUAUCUUUUCUAAGAUGCAACAAGUAUACUUAAAACAUUAUCCCCCUGACUAAUUAACACUACAUGUUUAUUCUAUAAUGUUGUAAGUACAUAUAUUCUAUAAUGUUGUAAGAACACAUACCUUAAAAUGGCACAAAAAAAAUAUCUGUUUUCAAGAAAAUAUUUACUGUGCCAAAGUGAAGUAAGUACACUUGCCCCUCUUUGGCACUUACUGUAAGUUACUUAAUACCUUCUGGCACAAACAGGACCAAGUCAAAUGGACUUAAGACAAGUGGUCAUUAUCAAAUUACACCGCUAAAUAUAGGAAUAUAAUGACCAAAGCAAAAGCAAAAGUUAGAUAAAUAUAUAACAACUUGUUUUUUGUUAAAUGUCAAUUUUGACAUAAUCUGUACUUACGACCUUCUGGCACUAUACCCUCGAUAUAUAUUUGUUAUAAGAUGCAUGUUAAACACGGUAUUUAUGAGAGUUGAAUAAAAUUAUUGUAUCACGUUUAGAUGAACUUAGUUUUUUGCUUGUCUGUUGACUGAUGCCCUGAUCUAUGUUGGAUUUUUUACUUUUGUAAUCUAUUAUUUGUAUUUACUAUUUUGUGUAAUUAUAAUUUGUUACAUGUUUACUUUUUUAAACUCAUUUUGUUAAGUUUGCUAUCAUAUACUUUUGUUAAAUUAUACUGUAUGUUUUCUAGUUAUUUUACUUCACAUGUACAUAAUUGAUUGUAAAAAAACUGCAAUAAGAUUCAAACUGCCAAAUGUAGUAUAUAAGCUCACCUGAGCACAACAUUCUCAUGGGAGGCAUUAAUCGAUCUUCAGUCUGUCCAUUUCGGGAGUAAAUAUUUUCUUUUAACAAAUUCUCCUGAAUGAAAGGUAGAUUUAAUGAAAUCCUUGUGGGAACCUUUUUGUUGCACAAGGCGUUCCAGGCCAUUACAUAUGUAGGUCAAAAUAGCUUAACAUAGAUUUUAGAAGUGAAAACAUACAAAAUCAAAAACCACACGAUCAGGUGUUGUUACAUAUAACGUAAGGCAUGUUACAUGCUCUAGUGGUCCUUUUCAAAGAUUCUAUUAUUAUCAUAUCUUUUAAUUAAUAUUCCUCUUAGCUUAUAUUGCAGCAAGGGGGUGGCCAUUUUUCUUUAUAUGGCUAUUGUAAAACCUUACUGGCACUCUAGAAGUCACAUUCUUAGUCAAAUCUUCAUGAAACUUGGUCUGAAUAUUUGUUCUAAUGAUAUCAGGGCUGAGUUUGGAAAUGGUUCCCGUACGUUGAAAAACAUGGCCGCCAGGGGGCUGGGCAUUUUUCCGCCUAUGGCUAUAGGAAAAACCUUGUUAACUCACUAGUUGAAUAUUUUGCCAAGUUUGGAAAUGGUUUAUGAAGCAUUUCAAAAGUUGCUGAGAGCAGUUCAGUUCCCUAUUGUUUCAGGUGAGCGCCUGUGGGCCUCUGGCCCUCUUUUUAGUUUAACAACUAUCAUAUGAAUUAAGUUCCUUUGAUGACAUAGUCUUUUGCUCAUACUGUAAAGUUGUGAUGUACAUGUAAAAUAAAUUUGUUUGCUAAUUAAA